CAGAAACUCCCUCAUCCUUCAUCCCUUUCGCCUCUUCUUUUUCCAUCAUCCUCUGGGGUUGCAAUUCUACUGCUUGUCAUCCCAGUCCAUCACCCUGAUACCGCUGAGCGAAUCCCUUGCGUCUGUUUACAACGAUAACCGGACCUAUUCUCCAGCAUGCGAGGCGAGGUCUGCCACAUCCACAUCGGCCAGGCUGGUAUCCAGCUUGGUAACAGUGCUUGGGAGCUGUACCUCCUUGAACACGGUCUCAAGGCUGAUGGUCAGCUCAAUCCUGAGGCUGAAGACGCAAUUAAUUCGGGUGGUUCGUUCGAAACUUUUUUCACAGAGACACACAGCGGCAAAUAUGUCCCUCGUUCUAUCUUCGUGGAUCUUGAUCCCUCGCCUGUCGAUGAGAUCCGCACCGGCCAGUACCGUCAGCUCUUCCACCCCGAGAUGUUGAUUAGCGGAAAGGAAGACGCUGCCAAUAACUAUGCCCGUGGACAUUACACCAUCGGGAAGGAGCUCGUUGAAUCAGUCGCCGACCGCAUUCGCCGCGUCUCCGAUAACUGCAACUCUCUGCAGGGAUUCUUGGUCUUCCACUCCUUCGGCGGUGGUACUGGCUCCGGUUUUGGCGCCCUGCUGCUUGAGCGUCUUUCCACCGAUUAUGGAAAGAAGUCGAAGCUCGAGUUUGCGGUGUACCCUUCCCCUCGUGUGUCGACCGCCGUCGUUGAGCCAUACAACGCUGUUCUCUCCACCCACAGCACUAUUGAGAAUGCUGACUGCACCUUCUUGGUGGACAACGAGGCGGUUUACGACAUCUGUCGUCGCAACUUGGACAUCCCACGUCCUGGCUAUGAGCACCUCAACCGCCUAAUCGCCCAGGUUGUCAGCUCCAUCACCUCAAGUCUCCGCUUUGAUGGCGCCCUCAAUGUCGAUUUGACUGAGUUCCAGACUAACUUGGUGCCAUUCCCUCGUAUCCACUAUCCGCUGAUUUCGUAUGCACCCGUGGUCUCGAGCAGCCGCAGCUCCCACGAGAGCUUCAAGGUGCAGGAUCUCACUUUCCAGUGUUUUGAGCCGAAUAAUCAGAUGGUGGUGUGUGAUCCUCGCAAGGGCAAGUAUAUGGCAGUGGCUCUGCUGUACCGCGGUGACGUGGUACCCCGUGACUGCACUCAGGCCAUCGCCUCUCUCAAGGCCAAGGCUUCGUUCAAUCUUGUCGAAUGGUGCCCUACCGGCUUCAAAUUGGGAAUUAAUUACCAGAAGCCCGUUCGCGUUCCCGACACCGAGCUCGCUCCCGUCGACCGCUCCGUCAGCAUGCUCUCCAACACAACCUCCAUUUCUGAGGCGUGGGGUCGUCUUGACCACAAAUUCGACCUCAUGUACUCGAAGCGCGCCUUCGUUCACUGGUACGUGGGUGAGGGUAUGGAAGAAGGCGAGUUCUCCGAAGCUCGUGAGGACCUGGCUGCGCUGGAGAAGGACUACGAAGAAGUUGCCAACGACAGUCUGGAGCCGGAGGGUGAGGAGGGUGAAUACUAAUACCUCUCACACCCUGUUGGCUUGUGCUGCUUUGGUCGCUUCGUCUUUUGGUCUGCCUGUCUCACUUUGCCGGUCAAAUUGUGUCGGUUCCAUCCUGGAUGCUUGCGACACAACCCCCUUCCUUCUGUUCAUGCGUCCCUAGCGUUGUUUGAUUCCCCUGCUCUUACCUAAUAAUGAACUGAUACAUGCGCUGCGGGAGAAUAUGAGCACACGAAUUCAUCGGUCUUUUGAAAGGACGCGAAAGUGUAUUCCACGUGAAAAAGAGAAAAGUCUAGUAUUCUAUCAAUUAAUAUACACAAUCAGGUAUUGCGAGUG